GAGUCAUCACCGGUGCCCCAGCAGCUAAUAAAGUUACACGCAAAAGCAGGGACUUCUCUCUUCAGUCCGACUUAUGGAUGAAGUUGAUUUUGUGUUUUUGGACUCCCCAGUUUUUCCUGACAUGUCAUUCCACUGGAUGUUGCAAAUGGAUUCUAAAGUCUGAGUCACAUGUCCCGCCUCAGGACACUGGCAGAGCCCCGCCGACAUUCCUGUAAACCAAACUCACAGCUCUGUUAUUCUCAGUAAAGACCCGACAUCCCGCUAUGGCAGCUACGGCGCUCGUCACAGAGAACUUUAAGUUUGUGUCGCUCUUCUUCAAGAGUAAAGAUGUGAUGAUCUUCAACGGUCUGAUUGCUCUGGGCACCGUGGCCAGCCAGACCGCAUACAACGUUUUCGCCUUCGAAUGUCCUUGUUCGCCUGGGAGGAACUACCUCUACGGCCUGGCUACCAUCGGUGCUCCGGCGCUGGCCUUUUUCCUUGUUGGAAUAAUGAUGAACAACAGCACGUGGGACCUGGUGUCUGAGUGUCGGCUCAGAAGUUGCCGGAAGCUGUCGGGGGCCUCUGCCUUUGCGCUGCUGGGAACCAUCGUCGGUCGAGGUAUGGUGGCACCUAUAACGUGGGUAGUUUUCUCUUUGCUGCAGGGCCAGGCGUACAUGUGUGCCUUCAGCGAAUUCGUCGACCCCGGCACGCUGGAGGGCUUCCCCUCAGGUCAAGGGCCGAAGGUAAUGGCGAAAUUCCCGUGUCAGAGCAGUGUUCCGACAGAGCUGUCAAGCUUCGGUGCUGAAGUUGAGCGACGACUGAAAUUUGAAUCUCAGCUGACAGGCUGGCUGCUGGUGGCGGUAAUGUCAGUGACGGUGUUCCUGAUGCUGUGCUUGAAGCGCUGCUCCUCUCCACUUGGCUACCAGCAGGAGAACUACUGGUCCCAGUACCGCUCGAACGAAAAGACCCUCUUCCAGCGCACUGCGGCUGUCCACGCCCGCCAGCUGGCCGCGGAGAACGUCAAGACCUUCUUUGGCUUCGUGGCCCUGGACACGGAUGAGAAGGAGCAGCUGGCUGAGCACCAGAGUGCCGGUCCCAUCUGCAGCACCAACUGGAACAGGGUGACUGGUGUUUACCUCUACAGGGAGAAUAAAGGACUGCCUCUGUACAGCAGGCUCAACAAAUGGGCCACGUACAGCUUGGAGAACAACGUGGAGGCCAUGGAGAAAGAGAUGGAUGUGAUCAGCUGAACGGAUCUUUCUGGAAGGCGGUCCGGUGACUGCAAGCAUCAUUGCGUCAGUGUGCUUCAAACUGAGUGGGUCAUCAAAUAGCAACUACAGUGCAACCCCCUCCCUCUUCUCCUUUCCUGUUCCAUGACUUUCUCUGACAAUCGCAAUGACUUUCUGAAACUGUUUCGAUGAUACCUCAUGAGACCCGCUUAGUUUGAAGCAUGCUGAACCCUUUCGUUCAUUAUCAAUACAACUUGUCCACCCUCGGCUAUGCUCCCAGACGGACACAUGGACAGCUGUGGACAGUGUGUGGAAGACAGGUUUCCGGGGGGGGGAGGGAAGUUACUCUACCACUUGUAACGUAGUGGCGGCGUGGACAACUCUGGACAAGUCUGCUUGGUCGUAUUUACACAUAUGUUUAUAUAUGUUUGUUUGCGCCAUUCAAAUGAUAUGAAAAGUACCCUUUUGAUUUACAGUGUUUCAGUGUGACCCAAAAAUCUGAAAUUAUAUAUUUUUUUAAUCAAAACAUGAAGCGCA